CCUUCCGUUUGUCUUCAUCUUUUUUUCUUGAAUCAAUUUUUUCUUCAUCCAAUUGAAUUGUUUUCUAAUUGGAAUUCAAUUUUUUGUUGUGGAAUUAAUUAAUUGUUCUUUUUUUGUUCUUUGUUUGCUUGCAGUUUCAUCCGGCAACAUGAGUGCUCUCAGGGUUUAUUCGAAUCUUCUUAAACACAAUCCUUCUGCUGCUCGAAAUAUGAUUACUCGUUUUGCUCAUGGUGGUGAUCGUAUCUCAAGAAACACUUUCCCUCGGGCUGGGCCUAAUCCUUUCGCUGAGCCUGAAUGGUUUUUUAAUCCAAUACACAAAGUAAUGAAGAAAGUUAUGUUUGCUACCAUCGUCUGGGUUUGUGUUGAUGUUAGAUACUUUGGUGGUUAUCGUGAAAAUGGAAUCCCUUUUACCAUUCAAUUUAUAAAUACCCUAUUUCCCAGUGUUCCGAAACGUUAUGAACAUCAUCCUGAAAUUGGGCAUCAUUAGAAUUUUCUCCUUUACUAUUUAGCAAAAAUUUGGGACAUCAAGUUCAUCUCACUAUCUUUCAACAUUUAACUCAUUUAAAUGUUUUCAAGUCAAUUGGAUUUAAAUUACAUCUACACCAUUUACCCUAACCCGUUAAAGAAGCAGAAAAAAAAUAAUACUAUAUAUUGUUAACCACUUUGGAUUGAAAAAAAACGAGCUGGUUAAAUUCAAUUGUAAUUAGAUCGAUUCAAUGUUCAGUUAAAUAAAUAAUUUUUAGGCUUAUGGUUUAAACCUGAACUUUUAAAUUGUUGAUCCUCAUCACCUAAAACCAGGGAAAACAAAAUCGGAAACCCAACGAAUCAAAUGUUCACCAAUACUUCGGACUUUUAAAAGCCAUUCGGACACUCAAACUUCAACCCAAUCAAACAGAAAUUCUAAUCAAUUGUAAUCAAUAGAAAUUCAAUUUAAAAAUGAUGUUAAUCAGAUCAUAUUAUCAAUAGAUUGAAAAAUUAAUCUAAAUGAUUUUCCACCGAUACUUAAAAUCCAUCAUAACGGUCUUCAAAUAGACUCAAAGAAAUCACCCUUUUCCAGGCUAAUUAACAAUCAAUUGUGAAAGAAAAGUUCAACUUGCCCUCCUAACUAAAUUAACCUUCCAACAAAAUCAAUUAAGAUUAAAAGACUUAACCAAACGGGAAUUGUAAACAACCCUUUUCAAGGUGACCUCUUAUUUAGAGGUUAAUAUUCAAGCGACAAACCUGAAGACGAACAAUAUUGAAUAGAAUUACCUUUACCCCGACCAAUUGGCCAUUUAAAUUUCCUCAACAAUUAGAUGAAUAAUCUAAUUGAAUAAAAGAAAACUAGAUUUACAAAAUGUAAACAAAGAAUUAGUUUUCUUUUUCUCCUCCAAAAACAACACAAGUGACAUUUUAAUAUUUUCUCUCUAUAUUAUCAACAGAAAAGUUGUUUUGUUUUCUUUUGUUCCUGUUAAAUUAUUUUUCUCAAUCAAAAUGAGAAACAAUUGAUUUCAUAAGCAGAUUUACCUUUCCAAUCCAUUUUGAAACAGCUUCUUUUUUGCUUUGUCACUGUGAUUCAGCGGAUUCAAUAAUCAUCUCUCUUGGUUUCUAUUUUGUUUUGCUUCAACAAUCAAAGUAAAACAUUAUAUUGAUUGAUCGUCUUCGGUUUCCCUGAUCUUUACUUUUUCUGGCCUUUUUAUUUUCUGCUUAUUCUAUUGCUUUGGUUACCUGUUGGUUUCUGUUUUUCUCUCACUGUUGUUGCUUUUAUCUCUAUCGUUGUCUUGUCUCUUUCUUUCCUUUCUUUUGUUUCCUUUUCUUUCUUUCUUUCUCUACUCUUUGGAUUACCCACUAGUCUAACAAUAGUUUACCUGUUAAUAGAUUGAUUUAUCUUGUGAUAUACUAUUAAUACUAUUACGGUGAAAAACCAUGCGGGCCAAGGAAGGAACACAUUUGAAGAAAAAAGGUAACCUCAAACAGGAGAAGAAAUUAAGUCUUUCCUCAGAUGAUGAUGAUGACUUUGAUUUAGUUUCAAAUGAGGAAUCAAUGGAGAUGGAUGGUGUUAAUUGUUCCAUUACUAGUAUAAGUGAUUCAUCUUCUUCUGCAAGUGCUAUUACCUCAUCUUUACAUGGAGCUGGACCAAUUCCUGGACAGAUAAUAUCUGAUGAUGAUUUGGUUACUCUUUCUGUUCGUGAACUUAAUCGACAAUUGAAAAACUCUGGUCUAUCUAAACAAGAAAUUAUUCGAAUGAAACAACGACGACGUACACUUAAGAAUCGUGGUUAUGCUGCUUCUUGUCGUAAUAAAAGAUUAGAGGUUAAAGGUGGACUGGAAGGUGAUAAAAUGCUGGUCGAAGAGGAUGUUCUAAGAGUAAAGGAAAAUGUUUACAAUUUGAGACAAGAAAUUGAAGAGAUUCGAGAUAAAUUUGAUGAACUUAAACGACACGCUUCUCAACAGGGUAUUUUAAUUCCACCAGAAUUAGCCCAUUUCAUUGAUUUCUGAUUAUAUUUUCCACUGGAAUCAUCAAGGAAAAUAAUUGUCACUUAAAUCGAGAACGAAAGACUUUGAUCACCGGCGGCAGCGGCGGCGAGAUGGUUAAUUUCUUAUUGUUUUUCCUUGUUGAUAACUCAUCAAAUUACCUCAAAUACUUGACGUUCAAAUACUUAAUUAGUAAAUAUCCAUUCCGAUCUGAUUGUUUCUUAGACCAAUAAUAAGAAUAAUCUGAUGAUAUGUUCAAAUAUAAUCAAAAGAAAACUUAACGACUGAUUGAUCUCCUCUACAGAAUUAAUUAUCUUGGCUUUUGACUGAAUCACUAAAUAUUGAGUGACCGAAACAUGUCUGUCAUCAUCACCAACAAUACCUAAUCAUCAUCUUUUUAUAUCAAUACCAUCAUCAUUUAGGUGAAACCAUUAACACUCAUAAAUCAGAAUUAUCAUCAACUUAAUCGUCGUGAUGAAGAGAUAAUCAUUUAACCGGAAUCACAAUCUUCAUUCACAAUUUAACAAACAAGACAAGGAGAGAGAGAGAAAGUAACUUGACAAAAUGUUUAUUAUGACUGAUUAUUAAGAAGGAAAAAAGCAGAUAAUCAAAGUACCGCUGAUUGGAUUAACCAUUUUAAUGCAAUUACCUCGAUAAUUAAUUGACUUUUCUUUUCAUCAAGAAGAUGAUGUUGGCUCUCGAUAUUCAAACAAUUGACUGAAGAUUAUAUCAAUCUACCACCGAAUAGAUUUGACUGGAUGACAAAUAGAAUCGUUUUCUGUUGAUUCGCUUUUAAUUGUACAAAUCAUUUUGGUUCAUCAACCGUGUGGAUUUAACAUAAUGUAACUAAAAAGAUUUGAUUUAACCUUGUUCGGUGUUUUAAUCUCUCUGAUGGGAGAGACAAUAACAUUUCAACAUUUUCUAGAAAUAAAAUGGUGUUUACCUUCA